AUAGUCUGUGGUUAGUACCCGGUUUGUUCUCCGGUCUCGUCGUCGUCGUCAAGAGUCCGAAAAAGAAAAGUUGAAAGUAAAUCUGAUUCAAGAUUUUAAAUACUCUUUCACAAAGGGACGCAUUAAAGUAAGGUGCACAUUCGUGAUAUAACCAGUAUACUAUUUAGAACUACGCCUUGUUAAAGAGGACUUAAUUUAUUACAGGGUAGGCGUGUGCGGCAGAUCCAAUGGAGCUGCAGGCAUUGCUCGUGCUGUGUGGGGUGGGGGUAGCCGGUCUCGCCAUGCUGCUCCUCAUGGGGCUGUUCUCAGCCUCAGGCACCAGCUAUGAAGAGGCAAUUGCUCAACAACGCCGAGCCACCACCGAACUACUUGCUCUUGCUGAAAGCAAAAAUAAGCCUAAGAAGAAGGAGAAGAAGGCAAAUAAAAAGUUAGCGAAGAAGGAAAAGAGCAAGGAGAGUAGUGUGGGGAUGACCGGCAGUGAGCAGGAGAGUGAGGCACCUGCUGAGAGUGGAGUAGAAGAUGACUCUGUACCCGCUCCCAAGGGACAUGUUGAGUUCAGCUCAGCUGUCGUGGUAGAUGUGCCCAGGGACACCACUCCUAAUGUCAAGAUCCGCAAACGCGGCAAGGAUCCUAAAGUUAAGCCGAUACUGGUAAACAAAGAGGAUCCGAGUUGCGUUAGCGAUCCGAGUGCGCUGCCCGACUCCACCGCCGUCACUGUCGCCAACCACUUUGAGGAAAUGCAUCCCAAAGAUGAGUUUGAGUUGAUGCAUUCAACACUCGUGGCGGAAAAAGUGCCAGAGAAAGAGAAAGUUGAAGAAGUUGUGGAGAAGAAGGAUACCAAGUCCGUAAAGCCAGCUAAGGGGGCAAAGGCUGUGGCGAAGCCUCCGACCCCUGUUGAAGUACCCAAGGAAGAGCCCGCUCGCGAGCGACACAACAGUGGCGAGGCGGCUAAAGAACAGCGCAAAGGUAAGAAGAUUGAGAAGAAGCCCGCGGAGGAGGUGGUAGAGACUCCUCGUGAGGAAGUGGUGCCGCCGCUGAACGCUCCGCAGCCGAGCGAGCUCACUACCGACAAACUGCUGAAGCAGGCCCUGGCCAACGCGCCCGCCCCCGCCUCUUCCCCGCCCGGCAAGAAUAAGAAGAAGAAGCCAGAACCUAAUGUCCUUUCACUCAUGGUAGCGGGUGACAGCGGCGGGGUGAACGUGGGCGAGCUGGUGCGCGUGGUCCGCGAGGCGGCGCUGUCCCGCACGGAGAUCCAGAUCCUCACCGACGCACUGCUCAACAAGCACCACGACCCGCUGCCCGAGCACUCCGAGUGGACCGAGGGUCCCAAUGAUCCCAUGCAGAAGUUGAAGAAGCAGUUGGCUGACAAGGAGAAGGCUCUUGCCGAUGAGAUCGAGGCGUCACAGGCUUUGCACGCCAAGCUUAAGGAGCUGAGGGCGGCUCUGAAUACAGAGCGCACGCGUGCGGUGGCUACCUCUCGCGCGGCCGAGCAGGCCGCCGCCAACGCGCGCGCCGAGCUACACACGCUGCAGGCGCGCCUGCAGAGGCUGCACGAUGACAACCAUCAGCUCGGGCAGGAGAAACUCAUGCUGCAGUCUAAGUUGGCCGCGGAGGGCGAGGCGCAAGCCGCUCGAGUUCAAAUGGAACUACACAUCCAGAGGCUCUCAGAGUCGGAGGCGGCGCUGGUGGCGCAGCUGACGGCGCUGCAGGGCGAGCUGAACGCGCACGCGCUGGAGGCGGGGCAGCGCGCCAUGGAGCUGGCGGCGGCGCGCGACGCGGCCGCGCUGGCGCAGCAGCACGCCGCCGACCUGGCGCAGCAGCUGCAGGACGCCAACCGCGCGCUGGCCGACCUCGACGCGCAGCGGCACAACGCGCAGCGGGGCGAGCAGCGCGCGCAGCAGGAACGCGCACAAGCUGUAGCAGAGCUUCAGAACGAAGUACAGAAAUUGGCGAGUCGCGCGCAAAUUGCGGAGAACAACCUCGAGUUGUUGAAGGAGGAGUCUGAGAAACAAAAACAACAGUUGACGACUGAAAUCGCGUCGCUGCGUGAGCAGUUGGCUGGGCGUGAGACUGAAUUAGCUGAAAUUAAGCAAUUGAAGGCAACACCUGCACAGAAUGGACUGCCCGCCAACGAUCAGCUUAAGGCCGCGGAGCUGGCGAAGGUGGAGAGUAUAGUGGAGUCGCUGCGGGACGAGCUGAGCGCGGCGCAGCGCAGCUCGCGCGACCAGCGGGACCAGGUCGCCAGGCUGCAGGAACAACUGCGCACCUACCAGGACAAGAACAACGAGUUGCGAACUAAAAACUGGAAAGUAAUGGAGGCGUUACAAUCUGCCGAAAAGGCUCUACAGACGAAAGCAGCAAGUGCGAUGCCGGCCCAAGACUCGCUGCGCGAGGCCAUAGCGAAAGCAGAAGAGGCGCAGUACAACGAGGUGGCCAGCGUACUACGCGAGGCUUGUCCCAGCGCAGCGCCCGGCGCCGGCGCCGGCCGCGACUGGCUGCAGGCCUUCGCCCGCAACCUGCAGGCGCAGCUGCAGCGCUCCGCCGACACCGCCGCGCAAGACCGACUCAACGACCUCAUCCAGCAGAAUGAACAGUCACAGAGCCUCGUCGAGAAAUACAAGAGGAUCAUCGACGACACUGAGGGAGUUCUGAGCCGCCUACAACAGAAUGUGACGUUAGAGGAACAGCGAUGGGCGCAGCAAUUGGCAGACAAACAACGCGAACUAGACGAUCUCAGGCAGCGCACUGUCAUGCAGGAACCUCUGGCGUUUGCAUACUCCUGCAUAGAAAAGUCAUUGCCUACGAUUAUAGAGGAGAUGCAAAAUAAAAUUGAGUCAUUACAAGAGGAACUGCAUCAGGCGAAGAAAUCCAACCACAACCACACGUUUGCUGAUGCGGAACGAACUGCCGAGGAAAGACUUAUGGCUGGUUUGUCUGACAAACACAGCGUAGAUGUUAGCAACGGACCAUUACAGGUGGGGCUCGAAGAGAAAUAACAAGAGGUACCCAAUUGCGACGUAGUAUCGAGGUGUCAUUCCUGUCCAAUGCGUGCGCUAGCGCACAGGUAACAUAGAUGCGCACACGCCGUUGUCGUGCUGCCACACAGAUGUAUGUUACAAUAUAUCGAUAUUGGUCAUUAAAAUUUUAAGGGACUUGCAAUCUUAUGUCCGGAAUGUAAAGUUACAGCGUUCAUGUAUACUCGACUACAUACAUACAGUAUCGUCCAUACAAAUUAAUCGUAUAAUAGAAUGUUAGAAGUUUGUGUUUCGCUAUUACGUCCUCCACGCACUUCUUACAUUGUCUCGAUAAUGCAGUUGAAAGGUGUAAUUUUAUGUUUACUUAACGACUUAAGUAUUGUGAAGUGUCCAGGCAGCAAGUUUUUGGCAGCAAUUGAGAUACUAAAAAAGACAAAAUGAAUCAGAGAUUCAUUAAUAUAUUUUAGGAUUAAAAACUUGGUAUUCAGCACAGAAAAGUUUAUAUACAAGCGUUUUUUAAUGAAACGCUUGUAUGACUGCCUGCCACUGACUCACGUAAAUAUUUUGCUAAUGUAACUGGCAAAUAAAUGACACGUACAAAUACAUUAUAACUCGUAAUUUAAAGAUAUUCCAUACUAUUACCUGAUUUUAUUAAUUUGCGAGCCCUAGAACCUAGAUUCUUUGUAAAUUGUAUUAGUGAGUUUGGGACUGUAUUGGCAAUAUAUUAAUUUUAUAGUAAGUGCUCUACUUUGAAAGUGUAUCGAAUUGAGUUAUGGACACAAUCGUGUAUUUAUCUGCCUGAUCUAAAGAUAUUAUCUUAAAUUUAUGUAUCAGUAAAUGUUAAUACUAAUGUGAAAUAAAAUCAAUUUCAUGUGGCGACUCAGCAAUAUUGAUAGCAAUGUUCUUGAAAAUUUUUAUAUUUUAUUUAUAACUAUUAGUUAGCUUUAAAGUUAUUUAAAAUAAUACCAGUGUAGCAACAACUGACCAUUAUGAUGUGCGAUAGUAUAAUGGAAAAAAUUAUAUACUAUUUUCCGAUAUAAUGCCUAUCCUAUCCUAUUUUUAAUUUGCCGAAUUAACAAUUUUCUAUUCUUAAUAAUUUUAAGGAAUGUUAUUUACUCUUUAGAAUUAUAUUAUUAUUUAUAAAUAUUUUUUUAUCUAGCGCAUAAUCAUUUUUGUCAGUGCCUUAGGGUAAGAUUUGAAUUUAAAAUGCUGACUGUUUUAUUUCUAGUAAUAAAUAAAUCAAAUGCUUGUUAACGAUAAGAUCUAGUUUGAAGUUAUUUUUAUGUUAUUUUUAUCCUUUUCAGUAGUGUACGACGAGUGUAGUGAAUCACUGUGUCAAAUGUUCUGAAUAUACAGUAGAACGCCCGUAUCCAUGCUCGGUUGGGUUCUGCGAUUCUAAUUGUUUCUCGUAAUAUUCGUUGUGAUGUUGGUAUGUGAUCUAUAAAUUAUUCGACAAAAUAAUUACACUUAUUAUAAUGGUUAUGUAAUGUUAUUAAAGAAUGUUGUGGUGUGUGAUGGAAUAUUCAAAACGGUAUUUAUUUGAAGAAAUCGCGGUAACCUAAUCCAUGGAUACGGAGGGCCACUUAUAUAAUAAACGUAGUAAUAAUAUUAUGAAAUCUAAUUGUAUAAUACGUAAGCCACUUUGUAUGAUAAUAGAAAGACAUCAAAUAAACUAUUUCCUAAUUUA